AUGACUACUAAAAAUUGUGCGAACGGUCCAAAACUUGUGCUUAAAGACUUGUGCGAAAAGUCUUUUGUGCGAAAUGUCCGGUUACCGUUAUUUCCUUGUAUACAACCUUCAUUUUAUCUUGUAUAAUAACUGCAUUGUCCACUGAAAAAAUUCACAUAGAAUGAAAUGCUCCUGAUAGUGAAUUUUCCACGCAACUCUCCUGCGCUUUUACUUUUUCUAUGAAAAAAGAAAUUUGCUUUAAGCUACCUUGGACUUAACCCAAGCACAUGGUAAUUCUUUGUAAAUAAACUGCAUUUUAUCACGUAUUUCAUGCACAGAGGGCAAAGUUCAAUAAGGCAACAACAAAUCAAGGAGCCCUCUUUGAAAUAUCAACCUUUUUUCAUGUUCAGUGUAUCCUCACUCAUUCAAGAUCAAAAUAUUUCUGUGGUUAGGGUAUAUUGUAGAUACAACUGAGUUUCAGUUUUCGUUGUAAAGUCACAUAGAAUUAUAUUUUGAGGCAACUAACUGUAGACGAAUAAUUUUGAUUUUCUCUCUGGUAGAGGAACAGUAGUAAGCAUAGUCCCUUUUGCAACUGUUAUUUGGUCUUGUCAUGCAAAACGCUCUCUCUUCAACGAGGAAUAGAUGGUGUUGUGUGAGGAGACCAAACAAUGGGUGUGAAGGAGACAACAGUAAGUGUGGCACUGCUGCAUUUUAUUUUGUUUAGAAGUAUUUAGACCAUAGAAACAAUAGACCAACAACUACCUGUGUGAGUCCAGGUAAAUGUUUUGUUCUUUCUCUUAUGGUAAAGUAAUAUUUUCUUUCUUUUGAAAGUUAUGCUCUUUUUCUGUUACAAAAUUGAAAACAUUAGGUACACAGUGUCCCAUCUCAUCCCACCCCACAAAAAAAUAACUCUUGCAUGCUAUGCAUGCCUAUGUUUUAUUACAGGAGCUUGAUCAUUGUUUUUGUGCUGCAUUGUGAAAAAUUCAAUUUAGUUUUCUUUUAUUGUGAUGUAAAAAAUAGAGAAAAGUCUGUGAGGAGUUAGGUACAUGUGGGUCACCAGCUCAUUAGAAACCAGGAGCUUCAAGGUUUUGUAGCAUAUAGGAAUUUUUAUUUACAGUUAAAAGCUUCUGCAUUGAGAAAAGCACAAAAACAGAACCAGUAGACUUUGAUUACCUCUUGUAAACAAAGGUAAAAAGAAGCCAUAGAUAUGUUAUAAAAAAUGUUGUUUUUCAUCCUGGUCAAUUAGAGGUAAAUGGAUAUUUAAUCAUUUUUCUCACAAUGUAAAGUAAGGCUACCAUUUAACAUACAGUUGAUAACCAGAAUUUACAUCACGAGACAAUAAACAUCUAGUAUAAAGCUACAGUUAGGUUAUUGCCUAGCCCUUGGGGCUCCUCUGCCUUACAAAAGUUUAAAAAUAUGGUCAGGACCUUUCACAGAAAAAAAAUGUAAAAUUUAACUCAAAAAAAUGAUGAACAUGACAACAAAAUAAUUAAAACAAGUUUAAGCAAGGACGUUCAGUCAAAUAAUCCUCUGACUUUGAUCACUGACAGCACAGUACAAUGCACAUUGACAUGGCCCAGGCCUGAGUGAUUACAGAGUGUGGUUGACUGUGGAGUUUAAGGCUGAAGAAUUCAAUGAAACAUACAUGCAAUUUGUUAGUAAUGUGUAAUUGUUAUCUCUGGCAGAGUAUGAACAUUUAGAAGGUCAUAUGAUGAGAUCAAGGUAAGUGUUUAGAAUCCAGCAAAUUGAACCCUGCGUCAAUGGUGAUUCAGGUCUAAAAUAUAUGUAUCUGGCGUUCUGAACCAUGUGUUUGUUCCGAUGGAAAGACUUGCACUUUCAGUUGAAGUUCCCAACCCCAUCCAGGUAAAGUUCAAAUGCCCCCCCCCCCUUCCUGUAUGGAUGACAGUCAAAUUCCUGUGUGUUCCUUCUUGGUAGGGGGGAGGGGGGAGUUGUUGAAACUUGGAAUUGAUCAGUGUAUAAAAAGACAAAUAUUCAGUCCCAAUUGUGAAUGUUGGGCUGUUACAUUUUAGUAUUAUUUGUACGUUUUUCCUUUGUAGAUUCCUGUUACAUCAGCAUGUCAUUGCAAUUCUUCUUAUCAAAAGUGGAUUUGAUCAUUUUGUUUCCCUUCAUAAUGUCAGUGUUGGUGGCACAGCUGUGCACUGAACUUCAGUCUCUACAUUCAGACAAGCUGUGAAUAUAAGUAAAUAUAUGUACAUGAAUGAAGCAAGUAAUUAUAGUUAUCUCUUAGCAGAGGGGUGUUGACUUCUGGUUACAGUUCUAUAUGGGUAUACUGUAAAACCUUGUGGUGUUUUCACUGUUUAUUAGGAAAACUUGGUUUAACACUAAGUAUUAAAUGUAGGUCCCCUCUCCAACUGCCCCCCCCCCCCCACUUAACAAAACUAAAAGUUUCUUCAGUUUAUUGAUUUAUUAUCAUUGAGAACUUUUAGUAUGUUAUAUUUUCCCCAUGUGUAGAGACACGAUUAAGUUAUUCGACAAUAUUAAUGUGACCUUCAUCCUGACCAUUCCUUACAGCAAUUCAGACAUUUAUGUAAGCGGUAAAAAAACCAAACGGACCAAGAAAAAAAGGCGAAAAGAGAAAGCGAAAUAAUAAACCCUUUUCUUGGACAACAUAGUUGUAAUAAUUGUGCCCACUUUAGGGAUAAGGGAAUACCUUUGUAUAUUUAUUUAUUAUUCAAGAGAAGGUUGAAGCUAAGAGAACUGUCACUAUGGGAAAUAGACUAUUAACAGUCCCACAGCAAUGGGCCAAACUCUGAAAGUCAGUUAUUUUCUGGUUAUUAAAGGAGUUGCUUAAAAGUUCCGCACUCUACCAGGAAUGUAACAGCAAGUCUAUUCGUCGUUCUAAAAGGACUGUGCGAAGUGCGUUCCUCGUUAUAAAAGCUCCGCGCGAAGGGCACAAUCAACAAGAGUAAUCCUCGUUCUACAAAAAAAACACUUCACGAAGUGCUAAAAGAACAAAAAUUUCCUCGUUCUUCCACCGCGCUGGAGGGCCGGGAGGAAUAAAUUAAUUUAAUUCCAACCUUUUUUGGCGGCAUUCGUAAAGAAUUUCAUUUUAAAAAGAAAAUUUCUCACCUACAAUUUGUUAUAGAUUAAAACUUCUAUGCACAUUUAAAGAGUAAUGAUGGAUUUACUGGGAUGAAAACGCAACUUUGUUUAAGGAAAAGAAUGGACAGUUUUAUUGUUAUCAAAUAACAACCAAAAGUAAUGUGAACUCUGUUUCAAUUGAACGCAAGACUAAAGAGCGGACUAAAACGACGCACGUGUCGGAACAUCGAAUACACGCAGCGUGAGCGGAGAAAAAGAAGAAAAAAGGAGUUCUAAAAUUGUUGUCCAAGAAUACCUUAGUCUUCCACCUUGAGGGUGCCUUGUGUACAUAAAGAUUGAAGUUCAGUGCAUUCAGUAGCUUUUUGGCUACAAAGAUUAACAACGGCCAUACCAAACAAUCUUUUUAAGCGGCUGUGAGUAUAUGAAAGUCAUAUAUUUGAACUGUGGAUGAAGACGUAGAUACGAAAGCGAUCUUCGCAGUAAUGAACACUACUUAAGCAGUAGUGAAAAGAAGGCCAGAAAAAAAUUCAGGCCUGUACGAGAUUUGAACCCAUGACCUCUGCGAUACCGGUGCAGUGCCAGCGCAGUUCAAAUAUAUGACUUUCGUAUACUCACAGCCGUUUAUUCACUACUUCACGGGUUUAUUUGGAACCAACACAGUGACCGGCUCCCAGUUCGCUUGUUAGCUCAGUUGGUAGAGCACUGCAGCGGUAUCGCAAGUAUCAUCACGCUUUUUUUACAUUUGAAAGCAAAAGUUUAUUCUAAUCAUUACAAUAUAAUGAAAUCCCCAUUUUAAGACACAUGUAGUAAUCAUAUGUACGAGAAAGACGGAAAAUAAAUAUAACGUUAUACUCCAGGAAAGUGUUCUUGUGUAGAAUGAAGUUUCAAACUAAUUUAAAUUAAGUUAACUUAAUGAUUCAGAUUUUGGUUAAGGAAAUGUGUAGUGCCUAUUUUCAAAGAUGAAAAAGCAAUGCCAUUUACAAAUUUUAAAAUAGAAAAUACCAGAAACUAAAGAUGGAAUAUUAAAAAAAAACUGCUGAAAUAUGGCAUACCUAUUCACUGCGAUUUUAAUCAUUAGCUGGCACACAGAUGUAAAAGAGGCUUUGUAAAAAAACCUGGGCGAUAAAACUAAACAUUCAGGAGAAGCAUAUGACAUCAGCUAGUUUACUGGUCUCCUCACCUGAACUCAAUCUGGAAAAAGAAAUCUGCAACACUUCCUAUCUUCUCACACUUAAAUUAUGACAAAAUUUGAUUAUUUGCGCGCGGGUUAGAUAGGAAAUUCCAGGAAUGGAUACAUGUUACAUUAAGAGAAACCCAUUACAAUUAAAUAAAGCAGAAGCAUAUUACCCACAUGUCUAUGCUUCUAAAUACAAAAAAAUAGGAAUUUUUUGUGCAAUUACAUCUGUAAACCGGGUGCAGUCUACGGAAGUGAAGCAAUUUUAUUCUAACCUUCCCCCAUAAAGGGUGCCUUGUGUAUCAAAUGCAUCGAUUCGGUACCUCCAGAGUCAUAAGCCAGGUUUUUGGGGCUACAAGGUAAUCAAAUAAUGAACGAGUUAUGCCGGGCCAUUUUAUCGAGAAUCAGCAUUUAAUUAAGUGUAGUUUCCUAAAUCGUAUGGAAAGUUUGAAAUGUGCUUCACUUGUGCUUGUUAUCAUUUUUAAUUAAUGAUUAAAUUCCGAGGGUGUAACUCAAUUAAUUCAAAAGAAAGUAUCCAAGCAGAUUACAGAGAUGGUUCACGAAUUGUAAACUAAUAAUGUGUUAACAAAACUUUCCGCAAUGUGCUUUAAUGAUAGUACCGAUAUAAAGUUAUCGUUCCUAAUCAUUUACCAAAUUCCGAGAUUUUAACUCAAUGAAUUCAACAGAAAAUAUCCAGGACGCUUUCAGAGGGGGUAAAAAGCUGUAUCCUACCACCAAAGGCACCCUUUGUUGGUCAUAACUAGUCGGCGCAAGGAGUGUCCACAGACCUCGACAAGGUUUCAGCAGUGAAGUCCUGGUCACCACCCAGCCGUGUUUCCAAGCUGAAUGUUUUUCUGAGAACGUUAGGUUACAAUAGAAAGUUCAUACCAGAUUUUGCUACACUUGAAACCCCUCUCUUCCAGCUUUCUGUGGUCCAUCGACUAUGAAAAUCUUUUACGAUACUCUGAAACAAGUCCUCUGUGAAGGUCCAGUAAGAUUUGACCUUCCAUUCUUACUGUUAACUGACCCUAGUACAACUUGUGUCGCUGCUGUGUUGUCUUAAUUACAAAAGGACCAGGAGCGCCGAGGAGCGCCUAAUUGCAUAUGCCGCUGAGGCCUUGUGGAAGUCACAGGAUAGGGUUUUGUAGUGGGGAUGGUUUGAUGAAAAGACAGUACACGUGAGCCUACAGUUGAGGGUCUGACUGCAUUUGAAGGAAGAUCUGCUGAAGGAGGUAGAUGACGAGUGCAGACACUUGUCAGUGCGUAAGACUAGGGACGCUUUUACUGGUCAGUACAUUCUGUACGGAUGAUUAAUUGUACAACGUGUCACACAAGUGGCACCAGAAAUGAGCCAAUUCCUCGACCGAGGGCAAUCUGUCAUGGACGACUUUAUAUGCCGCUUUGGUCAUCUUCGUCGAGUGCUUCGAGACGAAAGUCGAAAUUUUUAGUCUCGGAAUUUCCGUUGGUUACAUAGCUUGAUUGAGCCCUGAACUACUUAUCCGUAUGGUUGCCGAUGUUAUUGCCAAGAUUGCAGAAGAGCAGAAAGAAGGGGCCCAGCACUUUCCUAAGGUUCCCUUUACAUUGCGAGUAUCAACGCAUGACUACAGGGUACUCCCCUAGGUGCUAAUGUUUGGCAGGGAACUGAGAUUACCCAUUGACGCAAUGAGAGCCGGUGUUGCAGCGGAUUUGGACCCCCCCCCCUGCGCAGAUUUGGACCCCCUACCAAACUUUCCUUUUAAGCAUCGUUCGUAUCAUACUUGGUAACUAAUUCUAUUUGCAAGCUUUUUGUCGAUGUUCUUUUCAAUCACAACACAACAUUCCUCAAUAAAGGUAAAGAAAAACAGCCAUUUCGUUCCAAUUCUGCGGCACUUAUUAUGGCUAGUCGUAAAGUAUACGCAAAAAUUAGAUGCGAACAAACUACUGCAUUCGAACUAUUGCAAUUGUUACAAUAAAUCUUUACUUCUUUUGAUGCGAAUCAAUAUUGAUACGAAACGUCAUAACAAUGGUGGAGACUGUUGCGUCCAGUCACAAAAAUAACUCUGAUUUUCUAAUUAAAUAACAUUAAACAGUUUUUGAACAAGAACGAAGUAACUACUCCUACUACAAGUCGUUCAUAAAGCCUAUGAUGAUAAAAAUGUUUCUAUUCUGAACUAUUGGAGCUCUCAGCUUAUUUUCAAAUGAAAAUCAAUAUUGAUGUCUACGUCUUAACAGAAGUGGAGACUAUUACAUCUAACUCAAUCUUAUUUUCUAAUUUUAACGAUUAUUAACUGUUGAGGGAUCCGAUCCUUAACAAUUACGAAGAUGUCUAGAGUCUGGCGGUCUGCAGACGAUACAGAACCACUUGCCCUCCGGAGCAGUCUUAAAUCCCUCGCAGCUUAUGUGCAACCAGCUGCCAGUUCGUAUGCAUUGGGGAUACGCAUAUUUUCAAUUAAAAACAUCUCUAGUACGCACUGGAACGUAAAGUAUUAUCUAUUUCUACUAGAACGUUAAGGAUGAUGUUUUCACUCAUUUUUGUUGGGGGUCUAAAUCCGCUAGGACACCGGACUUACAUCGGAAUAAUUUACUGAUUACCCUUUUUUUUGUCAAGAACAGCGUGAAGGGACGGGUGGAGGGAAAUCGGGAGACCAACUUCCGAAGGAUGUCUACGAUACACAUUGCAACGCUGGUAUCGAUAUCUCUCCAAGUCUUCCAUAUCAAAUAUGGGUAUUACGUCCAAGCGUGAGCUGUAUGAGGCAGUAA